AUGCGAACUCGAUCAGCCGCUCCGUCGACAAAGCCGGAGCCUGAAGAGCCCUCGAAUGCGACAACCCCGUCGUCGAAUACACUCAAACCGGCGGAAAGACCAAGCAAGACGUUCAUUCUUCCUUCAUAUGCCAGCGACGAUGCUCGGUUUGUUACGCUGCCCAACCCGCGAACCGGGGAGCUGAGCCGCUACUUUUUCUGCCCAAAACUUGGUGUAUACGAGUUCACCGUGGUUGCAGCCGCACCGCAAGCUCCGCGAAGUAUACUAGUCACAUCCAAAACAGAUAUCACCACAGACAGCAAAGGAGACCAUGUACCGACAAAGGGUGCAAUUUCCAAAACUGCGGAAUUGUUAAUUGCGACACCCAUUGAUAUAAUUUUCUUCGUGAUACCUUUACUAUCGCCAUCACCAUCAAAUCAAUCGAAAGGGCUGUUUCAACCCCUUGACGAUAUCAUUGACUCGCACGACGAGAUACCCAAGCACCUGCGUUAUGUACUUUACAAUGAAACGUUUAGAGAUUCCUUGAACGCACGAGUGGAAGCUAUUUGCGACACGGUGGAAGCAGGGGAUGAGAAAAUGUUCAGGCUCAGCGAAACGAAGCUCUUGAAGGAAUUGAUUGCCAAGGCAGAGCGCAUGGUAGCGCAGGGUCUUCCAGUCAGCUUAGAGGAACGCUUUGUCCGCCAGGCCUUGGUUACACCGCUGAUGGCUGUCAAGCGAGAAGACGCAUCCACUAAUGGCGCGACGUCAAACGGAGAUAAGGCCGACGGAGAAUCCCCCGAAAAACAAGAAACGCAGUCAGGGACCUCCUCGGAUACGACGCCUGCUAAUGAAACAUCGGAAAACAUGACACCAGCUACAGAGCCACCGUCGGAGGAAGUGCCUUCUACGGACAAUGUGACCCAUCUGCUCAGGAUCUCUACCGCCCUGUCCUUCGUGAAGGAAUCUUACCUCUCGCGUCCCAUAUGCACCAAAUUUGAUGAAAUGCUCGCUGCUCCCGAAAGUCCCUUAGAUUUCAAGCCGCUGCAAGAUCGUCUGAAGGAGAUAGCCGGGCUUCGCGCGCAAGCACUCGCAUCCCGAACCCUCUCGGACUUUAGCCGGAAACGAGGACCAGACGAUGAUGAAGGUGCGGAGUCACGAGCAGAAAAGAAGCGCCGAAUGGAAGAAGAAGAGAAGAAGAAGAAAGCCAACGAAUCUCGCGGUGUUAAGGACUUGAAAAAGGUCAAUACAACCGGAAUGAAAAAGAUGAGUGAUUUCUUUGCCAAAUCAGCUCCCAAGAAGAAGUCAUGA